AUGGGCAAGAAGAAUAGCAAGUUGAAACAGGAUACCAUCGAUCGACUCACCAGUGACACAUAUUUUACCGAGAAGGAGAUUCGACAAUGGCACAAAGGAUUCCUGAAAGACUGCCCCGAUGGCUUGCUGACGGAACAGGGCUUCAUAAAGAUCUACAAGCAGUUCUUUCCACAAGGCGAUCCAUCGAAAUUCGCCUCGCUGGUUUUCAGGGUGUUCGACGAAAACAGCGACGGCACGAUAGAAUUCGAAGAGUUCAUAAGGGCACUCUCGGUGACGUCGCGCGGAAACUUGGACGAGAAACUUCACUGGGCGUUUCGGCUCUACGACGUGGAUAACGACGGUUUCAUCACGAGGGAGGAGAUGUACAAUAUCGUCGACGCGAUGUACGAGAUGGUGGGACAACAGCCGCAGGCGGAGGACGAGAAUACGCCGCAGAAGAGGGUAGACAAGAUCUUCGAUCAAAUGGACAAAAACCACGACGACAAGCUAACCCUGGAAGAGUUCCGGGAGGGUAGCAAGGCCGACCCCAGGAUCGUGCAGGCGUUGUCGUUAGGCGGCGAGUAACGGCAGGCCCCGUCGCGACCGGACGAUUCCUCGAUCGUCCAAAGACGAACGAUCACACCGUCGCCUCGGUCCGGUCGUCGAAACGGAUAGAGAGAGAAUUCGAUCCCUCGAAGAGAUAAGAGAAAUGGGCUAUCUUGAGGUGACUCCCGAUAACCAUGCAGACCGGCGUACACGCAUACGUAGGUACAUGAUACGAAUCGACAUGACGCGAACCUCUUUCACUCUCCUUUCUCUCUAUCUAUCUAUCUUCUCUUCUCUUUCUCCGUUUCUUUCUCCUCGCGGAGACCGUUUCUUUCUCUUUGCACGAAUCGUUGAGAAAAUUGCGCGAUAGCGACGAUAGAAACGUAGAAGUCUCGAGCGUAGUGGCUUGAUCGACGAUUUUCUAGAUCUUUGUAUUCCACCGAUCUCUCUCUCCACUUUCCGUGUACGAACGACAACAGGGACGAGUCGCGAGAUCGCGUCCUCGAGAGAUCAAGUAUAGCGCGAGAUUCGACGUUACGAUGAUACUUGGACAAAACUGCCGACAAGUGCUCGACGAAAUCUCGAACGGAAACUAGUUCCGUCACGGAUACGUCGUUCUCGCUGCAUAAGCUAAGAUAAAUAUAGGAACAUGGUUAGCGCUGUCAAGCGUAGCCGAGAACAGACGAGAGAUCUCGAUUAGUCGGAAAAAAGAACGGGUGACACGGUAGCGCCGACACUCUGCCGAAUAGGUUACGCUCUUGCGUCAAAUAAAUCGUAUUCGUCAAUUUUCCGUCGACUCGAGUCGUUUCGCGUAGUACUUUUUCCCAAAAUAUCGUAUCUCGCAUAGAACAGAAUGUUACAAAGAAUCGCGACACAGAGAUUUGGAAUAUCGAAAAUUUUGACAACGAUCGCUCGAAUUUGCAUUCGCCUUCGAGAUGAAAAGUUAAACGGCAAAUAUGCUGGUAUCUAGCGAGGAACUUAACGUCGGCUCGACGUAUAUCGGUGAAAAGGGAGCGGAGGUACGGCGAGGAAAGAGACCAGGCAGGAAAGGAUUAAAAUAAGAGGGAAAUGGAAAGGCGAAGCGUCGUCGCAAAGAAAAAGGCAGAGGAACACAUGGAUCGAAAAUAAUCGGAAAGGCGAUUUUUUGCGUCUUCUCUGCCUCGGUGGCGGUAAAGGCAGAUUUUAUCGGCGUUCGCGAGACGAAAGUUCACGAGAUGGGAAAAACGCAUUGGCGGAAGCGUGGAAAGAAUGGGAGGCGAUAUAGCCGUCUAGCGGAAUCGCCUGAUAUUUUCAACGAAGACUGCAACACUACCGUCGAGGGCAUUCUUCGCACGUAGAAUUUCGGAGAGAAGCGAGGAAGGAAACGUUUCAGCGGAAGCAUUACUCGCGGAAUUACAUUUUUCUUCAAACUAUUACGUAUUUACGCGUAUACGUUGGGAAUCCGUGUCUCGUUAAAGUAUCAGUCGAUCGAGUUACGUCUGGAGCAAGUUCCGGUUGCCAGACGAGGAAAGCCCAUGAAAGAUUCAGGAAAAAUACGGACCGCGGUCGAAUAUCGCGAAAAGGAAGAACGGCGAAAGAACGGACCGGCGGAGAAUUUACUUCGG